ACACAAACAAAGGCACUUUACUCACAAGUGUGAAAAUAGCAGAAAAACAAACACGCCAGACAGAUGACUUCCUUUUAGGGGCCAACAUCCCUUCAAAAUCCACAUGCAACCUCUCAGACACACAUGUAGAAACACACACACUCACACUCCCCACCUUUACACACACACACACACACACACACACACACACACAGCAGCAGCACCGGCAGCUUCCCUCAUUGUGCUCACAUGCAUCUCACUCAUACACUUCCUGUUUGCCCUGUUUGUGAGCCACACAGUGCAUAUGAGGCGCAGAAGACUCUGAGCGCUGAGGAGAACUACAACCGGCGGCUGAUUGUACUCUGGUUUCAGCGUUUCUGCUGCGCCGUGCCCAGGAUGUGGGUUUGUCUGUUGGAUUGCGACGUGUGCGGUGAAUGAAUGGCAGUGAGGCCGAGCAGGAGACACUUUGCCUUGGACUUUUUGGACGCUGACACAGGAUAUGGAGGGACAGUAAACUGCAGAACCUGAGUGGUGAAGAUGCAGCACACCUCAUGCACAGAGGAUCGGAUCCAGCACGCUCUGGACAGAUGUCUGGACGGACUGAGACAGAGUCCCACAGCAGCACAGCACUGGAACGUGCUGAUGUGCUCAGCGGGUCAGGCAAUGAACCGCUGGAGUCUGGAGGAGCUGGUGAAGAGAGACCCCGAGAACUUCCUCAUCCUUCUACAGCAGAUUAUCAGGAAAACCAAAGAGGUUCAGGAGCAGGGUCAGUAUGAGCUGGUGGCUCCCCUCGCUAUCAUGUUCUCCUCCACGCUGCUGCAGACUCCGUACUGUCCUCCAGACACAGAGCUCCUGGAGGAAGCUAUUGAGGUGUUUUGCACCUUCCUCACUUGGCCUGAACCUUACAGCAGCGUGUGCAGAAAACUCCUGUCCACGUUACAGCUGGAGAUCAAGGCCCCUGGAAUUUCCUUUCAGAGAUUGGUGAGAGAAGAGCAGGGCCUGAACUCCUCCAGUCAGUCCACAAAAACCAUGACUGUGCUGCUGAUGAACCCCGGUGAGGUUCCUGAAGACUUUCUCUCAGUGGCUGAGCAGCUCAGUCACAUUCAGCACUCACAGAAAGAGACCUACAUCACCUUGAUUAAACACGCCUUCCAGUCCACAUUAGGCACCAAGUACCCUCUACACAGAAUCCAUAGAGCCCUGCAGACAAAAACUGUGACUGAACUUGGGGAGAUCUUCUCCUUGGUAAGCGAUGUCUUAGAGAAGGCUGCCACCAUGAGUGACCCACUGAAGGGCAGAAGUCACGUCAUCCAGGGACUCGAGAGACUGAGGGAGAUGAUGAGAAUCCCCGCAUCCAAUGGAAGGAAGUCUGAUGGAAUGUUGCAGACGCUGCCAGUGCCCACAGCCAAAUGUCACAUGUUCCACUGGGAAACAGAUAACUUUGACAUCCUGAACUCCCUUUUGGAGCAUGACCCUGAUGACCUGGCCACCAAUGGGCAAGCUGCAGAAGAAGAAGAGGAUGAUAUUGAUAAUGAUGUGGAGAACGUGACAGAAAUAGGUGCAGAAGAAGAAGAAGAGAAAAAUGGAGUAGAAUCUCCUGCCAUCAUGCCGAGUUACUACACCGCCAGCUAUCGUGACUCCACCUUCUCCACCAUCUCCUCCCUGUCCACCACAUCCAAGGACUCCAUGUUCUCCACUUUGUCUGAGUCCUACGCUCCCUCCCUCUUCUCCGUAACUUCGGGGGUCGAUAGUGACUACUCUGAAGAUUCUGACGACUACAUCUGCUCCUCUCCUGUUGCUGAAAAGCGUUCGCCUAAGUCAAGCAAAGUUCGACUCAGCCAGCACUUCUACCGGUUCUUCAUCAAACCCAAGAACCCUCGGUUACUUUACAGGGCCAAAAGCUUAGGAAACACUGAAUCAAAGGACCUUUUAGUGGUGCGAGACAAGCGCUCCUACUCUUUACCCCAGGAAGUCAAGUUGCGUAGUCCCGAGCCCUUACUUCAGCCACAAAGUCAAACUCUCAGGCAUGUCUGCUUCCGAAGGAGACCCAUUCUGAGCAGUGAUGAGGAUAGUAAAAAUAUUACACUGAGGGUGGUUGUGUUUGGUGCUGAUCAUGUGGCAGGGAAGGUGGCCCGAGCCUACAGCAGUCUGAGGAGGAAGGAGACGGCAUGUCCACGUCUCAGCAAGGCCUUCAAUCUUCAGUUCUACUUUGUGCCUGUGAAGAGGGACUCAACAGCAGGAUCAGGAAGGAGGUCCUCUGGUCCUGUGGUUCUAAAUGGAACUCCAAAGGAUCCGGCCCUGUCAAAUGGCACAGGGGACAGUACUAAUGACAUUGCCCAUCUCCUCGGCAUGUUGGACCCUUGGUAUGAAAGAAACACCCUCAGCCUGCUGAACUUACCUGCCAACGUCGUCUGCAAGCAAACGUCAAAGACCGAAUCAGAGUCUUACGAUGGUUCAUAUGAGCAGCGUCUACCCAUCUUGGCAGACUUGGUCUUGUACUACUGCCGCUAUGCUGACCGGCCAGCCCUAAUCCAACUCUACCAGGCUGAGUUGACGUUAGCGUGUGGAGAAAGGAGGACCGAGGUAUUCGUCCACUCCCUGGAGCUGGGUCACACUGCAGGAACGCGAGCCAUCAAGGCCAUGGGUGCUGCCAGUAAACGGUUUGGUAUUGACGGUGACCGAGAAGCAGUGCCUCUAACAUUAGAAGUGGUGUACAACAGGGUGGUGAUUAGUGGGAGAAGCCAGUGGAAAAGAGAAACCAAAGUCUGCACUUCAGUCAACUUAAUCAAAGCAUGCAAGAAUCCUGAGGAACUAGAUUCAAAGAUGGAGUGCUUGCAGCUCACGAUGACUGAAGUCCUGAAGAGACAGAACUGUAAAAGCAAGAAGGGAUACAAUCAGCUGACCACCACCGAGGUGAAGGUGGACAAGGUGCAGGUGAGCGGCGAUGGAAGCACAACUUUUGCUGUGUGCCUGGACCAGGAUGAGAAGAAAAUACUACAAAGCGUCACCAGGUGUGAAAUAUCAGUGUGCUAUAAACCAGACAACUCCACUGACUGGAGGCUAAGAAAAUUCCAGACCUCGGCUCAAAUCCAGCCUCUCCACCCGACCUUUUGCUCCCUCCUCUGCCUACCCAUAGUCACUUUCAGUGGGGCUCUUCCCUGAGACUGCUGGCCAGUGGUUUAAGUGCAAUGAAAGAAAAGAGUCUCUGCAUUGUUAUUAGAGGAAAAGCACACAAGGUUUUUUAUCUUUUCAGCCCUCACCACAGUUGCUUUCUUGAAGCAGUAGUUUGCAACGCAGGUUGUAGCUUUUGGACACAUGAGGACUUGCACAAAAGGGGUUAUCUCAAAAGUCCAGACCUGGCUGACCUGUAAUAUUGUAUUAAUAAUGAUAAUAAUAAUAAUACACAUCAGAAGACCCAAGAAGCCAAGAAUGACCAGCGAAAAAAUAGCUGUCAUGGUGCUGUGUCCAGUUUUCUCUCUACAGGAAAUCAUUCACUAUAAUUAAGGGAACCAUUCAGUUUUUGUGUUGGCAAAGAUGAUUGACUUCACCCACAGGAACAUAAGGGGUCAAGUUGAUCAGACAGGGUGAAUCUACAGCAGCGCAGGUGAAUCUCAUCCAGACUGAAUAAGCUGGGGCCCUGCUGAGAGAAAGAAUGUGUAAAUUUUGUUCAUAUUAGAGUUUAAAAGGCUUAUCAGCUUUUCUAUGAAUCAUCCUACAUGGACUUGGAAACUGUAUUAUAUAUAAAGGCUCCAUUAGGGAUCAGAUUAUGUGACAAUAUCUGAGAAUGCACACUAUGCUUUUAUAUAAUAUGUAAAUGUUCUAUUUGUAAAAUAUUGUAUUGCAUAUUAUAACUUGAACUUGACACCAUAUAUUUUUUGUCUGUUAUACAUAUUGGUAAUAACAUUUUUCCUGCAGUUAAACUGAAAUCACUGUUUAAACUGGAAUUAGAAUUAUGACCAGCAGGGGGCUCUGUAGACUUUAAUUUGACUUUACUUGAAGUACAAGUUCCAAAAGUCCAGAGGUUGGUGACACUUAUGAUAAAGUGCCAUUGUAAUUACUGUAAAAUAUGUUAUGGUUAAAAAAUAUUCUAACUUUACAAACAAAAACCAAAGCGAUGGAAAAUAUGGUGCUAUACGUGAAUUCUGUGGGUCCUGUGGGUUGCAGGGUGGGACCUACCUAGAUCAGGCUUAUCCUGGCGCAUCCCACAGAUGCUCAGUACGAUUUGGAUCUGGGAAAUGCAGAACCCUGAUGAACACCGUAGAUCUGUCAUGUUCCCCAGGCCACUCCUGAACAGUUUUUGCGGUGUGUCGGGGUGCAUUGUCCUGCUAAGGGUGGCAACUGGCAUCAAGGACUGCUGAUGCCAUGGAGGGGUGGGGGGUUGAUUGACCAGCAAUGUUUAGGUGGUUGGUACAUGUCAAACAUCCACAUGAAUGUCAGGACUCAAAGUUUCCCAGCAGAACGUUGCAUUAUAGCAAGAUGAUUGAUGUCAUUCACUUCACCUGUCAGCAAUCAUAAUGUUGUGGCUGAUCAGUGUACAUUCUCUUGUAUAAAAAUUGCACUUUCUACAUUGUAAACUAUGAUAUUAUAAAUCUAUGUUCUAUUACUGGAAAAGGAUAAAAAUCCUCACCUGUUGACUGAAAUGGCAACUGUAGCAUUGUAUGAAAAUAUUGUUUUAUGGGGUGAAAGCACUUGAAUAUUCUAUUAAAUGAAACAACUAUUCAAUGAAAGAUUAAAUUAGGUACUUUUAUGUUCAGAUAAAUGUUUGACAACAAUGCCCUCCCCCUGGAAAUGUUGAAAAUGUGAUAUUUUUAGUAAUCAUGUAUGUGUAUCACUGUUUCAACUGAUACAUCUGAAAAUUCAGCCUUCAUUAAAACAGAUCUUUCAUUUGA